UACUAGCAGCCGAGCAGCUCUAGCUAGCUUGCCGGCAAAGAAGGCGAAAUCACUCACUCGCAACCCAAAGCCAGAUCGCCAUGGAAGUCUCGUUGACCUCCUCUCCUCUCCUCAUUCUGUUCCUCGCUCUGCUCUGCUUCCUCUACUACCUGCGCCAGCAGGAUCCCAAGAAGCAGCCCCGUGUCCAUGGCCUCAAGUCCUACCCCGUCGUCGGCGUCCUCCCGCACUUGGUCAAGAACCACCGUCGCUUGCUCGAGUGGUCGGCCGACGUCGUGACGAAGAGCCCCACGCACACCAUGUCUUUCAAGGUCCCCGGCCUCAUCGGCGCCGCCAUCACCGCCAACCCGGCCAACGUCGAGCACAUCCUCAAGACCAACUUCGCCAACUACCCAAAGGGCGAGGUCACGGUGUCCACCAUCGAGGAUUUCCUUGGCCACGGCAUCUUCAACUCCGACGGCGACCAGUGGCUGUGGCAGCGCAAGGCCGCCAGCUACGAGUUCAGCAAGCGCUCGCUCAGGAGCUUCGUCGUCGACACGGUCCGCUUCGAGGUCGCCGAGCGGCUGCUGCCGCUGCUCGACCGCGCGGCGCGCGACGACGGCCGGACGCUGGACGUUCAGGACGUGCUCGAGCGCUUCGCGUUCGACAACAUCUGCUGCGUCGCCUUCGACCACGACCCGGCGUGCCUCGCCGAGGACGGCAUGGCCGCGCCGCAGAGCGCCGAGUUCAUGCGCGCCUUCAACGACGUGCAGGACGCCGUCAUGGCCCGGUUCAUGGCUCCGGCCAGAUCUCUGUGGCGCGUCAAGAGGCUGCUCAACCUGGAGCCCGAGAGGCGGCUGCGGGAGGCGCUCGCCACGGUCCGUGGCUACGCCGACCGGAUCGUCCGCGAGCGCCGGAACAGAGGGGAAGGGGACGCCGGGCACGACUUCUUGUCGCGCUUCGCCGCGAGCGGCGAGCACAGCGACGAGGGCCUCCUCGACGUGGUCACCAACUUCAUCAUCGCCGGCCGGGACACGACGUCGUCAGCACUGACCUGGUUCUUCUGGCUCGUCUCCGGCCGGCCGGACGUAGAGGACAAGAUCGUGGGCGAGAUCCGCACGGUGCGCGCGGCUAGCCAGGGCACCAGCACCACGGGCGCGACCUUCAGCUUCGACGAGCUGCGCGACAUGCACUACCUCCACGCCGCCAUCACCGAGUCCAUGCGGCUGUACCCGCCGGUGCCCAUGGACUCGCGCCGCUGCGAGCAGGACGACUUCCUGCCGGACGGCACGUUCGUCGGGGCAGGGUGGCAGGCGUCCUAUUCGGCGUUCGCGAUGGCGCGGGUGGAGGACAUAUGGGGCAAUGACUGCGAGGAGUUCCGGCCGGAGCGGUGGCUCGGCGACGACGGCGCGUUCCGGCCGGAGAGCCCGUUCAAGUACCCGGUGUUCCACGCGGGGCCGAGGGUGUGCCUCGGCAAGGAGAUGGCGUACAUCCAGAUGAAGUCCAUCGUCGCGUGCGCGUUCGAGAGGUUCAGCUUUCGGUUCGUCGGCGGCGAGGAGCGACCGGGGCUGGUGCUCUCGUUCACGCUGCGGAUGAAAGGCGGCUUGCCGAUGCAAGUGAGCAAGAGGAGCUACGGAAGAGACAUGUGACAUGUCCAAUUUGUACGUGGCCAACUAAGGCUCUAUUUUGCUGCACUAUUUCAGGAGUAUAAUAUUUUUCUCUCA